AUGAUUAAGGCCUGUGGCCACCUCUGCAGCAGGGGAUGGGACACUGUGCUGCAGAAUGUGUCAGCCUUGUGUUCUGUUGUGUUUGACGGUAGACAUGGCUCAUUGCCUGCAGCAUCUCGUCGGAGGCAGCGGCUGACACGGAGACCAGGCUACAUGAGAAGUGUAGCUGGGGUCGGGAUCGGAUUCCUCUCUCCAGCAGUGGGCACGUCAUGCUGGGUCCCAGGAGGGCCAAUAGGCAAGGGGCUCUACCAUUCAAAGUCCGAGGCUGGACGGUGUAGCCUUGACCCCAGCAGCCACUGUAAAGGCUCAUUGGUGGGCAUUCCAUUUCUUAAGAGCUCAUCCGCCCCUGAUGUGGCCUCUGGGAACCACCUGCACUUGGCCCAGAGCUCUGUAAGAGAAACUCCAGUGGGCUUUGGGGUUCAUCCCAGAGCUGGCAACAGACUACCUGAGAGGCUGACUGGGUCAUGCCGUCCUGGAGACUGUGGACGUCAGCAAGAAUUUUCAUCCAUGGACAGUUCUGAGUCCCCAGGCUCCAGCCUUGGUGCAGCCUGGAGUGAAGGGACAAGGGGCCCUCAGGCUAUGGGAUCACUGGCAUCACUAGAGUCGAGCACCACCCCUGGCAUCCCAGCCCUUCCUGGCUCCCAAGACAUCUUUGCCUCCAGCUUCAGCUUCAUUCAGCUUUCCCUUGGUGCCGCUGGUGAACGCGGAGAGGCAGAAGGCUGCUUGCCAUCCAGGGAGGCUGAGUCCCCUCAUCUGAGCCCCCAAGGGAUGGGGACCGAAGCAUCCAGCUCAGACAGGCAACAUGAGGACCCUCGACAGCUCUGGGCUUUCAGUCCCCUGGCUAGUCCAGGCUCUGUGGAUAUGGCUCAGGUGGCAGGGAGCAGCAGCAGGCUAGAGUGUAGCAUGCUCUCCUCCCUAGAUACAGACACUUCCCAGGAUCCCUCCAUAGAUGGAGAUCAGGCUGACAAGGGUAGCGGUUGGGCAAAUGCCCAUGGGUGGGAUGCUUUGCUCAAGGAAUGGGAGCCGGUGCUGCAGGACUGUCUACGGAGCCAUCGCAGGCAGCUGGAGGUCACCUCCUUAAGUUUAAAACUUCAGAAACUUCAAGAAAAAGCCAUUGACGAUGGUGAUUAUGAUAAGGCAGAGGCGCUGAGACAGAGAUUGGAAGACCUGGAGCAGGAGAAAGGCGGCCUGCCCUGGGCGCUGCCUUCACAGCAACCGGCUCUUGGCAGCUUCUUGGGCUACCUGGCCGCACAGACCCAGGUGGCCUUGUCUGGAGCCACUCAGAGGACUGGCAGCUAUGACCCCACAGCCGCACUUGGAGGAGAGCUGAAGCCACUGAAGUCCACUACCCAGGACAACCAGUGUGCAGCCAUCACCAGGAGGGAAUGGCUUAUUCAAGAGAAACAGCAGGUGCAGAAGGCAAUUGAAGCUCUUCAAGCAAGAUCAUCAGCCCUGGAGGCAGAAGAACAGCAGCUGGAAAGAGAGACAGAGGGUCAGGAGACACGACCGCAGUGGCCGGGAUGCGACCUGACGUCCCUGCUGACUCAGCUGUCCCCAGAUCAGAUGCAGGAGGUCAGCAGGGCCUUGGGAGAGACCUUGGCCUAUGCUGGCCAGGUUCCCUUCUACAUGGAGCCUCCCGGAACCCUCAGGAGCCUCCAGGAAAGGACAAGAUCCCUGAACCUGGCCGUCAGAGAAGUCACUGCUCAGCUGUGCUCAAGCGAGAGACUGUGCAGCUCUCUGAGGAGGAGACUCAGUGACCUUGACACCAGGCUGCCUGUCUUGCUGGAAGCCAAGAUGCUGGCUGUAUCAGGGAGCCACUUCUGCACAGCCAAGGAGCUCUCAGAGGAGAUCUGGGCACUGUCGUCGGAGCGGGAAGGGCUGGAGGUGCUCCUGGGCAAGCUGCUGGCACUCAGCUCCAGGACCAUCAGGAGGCUGGGGAGUGUCAAAGAGGACUACAGCAGGUGCAGAAGGGACCUGGCCCUCCAGGAGGCCACCCACAAAGCAAAUGUUAAAGACAGCACCGUGAAGUACAUGGAAAUGCUGGAGGGCCAACUGCGCAGCUGCAGGUGCCCACUGCUUGGGAGAGUAUGGGAAACUGACUUGGAGGCUUGCCAGCUGCUGAUGCAGAGCCUGGAGCUUCAGGAAGCAGAGGGCAGCCUGCAUGUAGAAGACGAGAGGCAGACAGGUGACCCAGGGGAGGCCACCUGGACAGCCACCCUGGCUGACCAUCCUGGAUCCCAUGCUGAAGAGGAAAAGAAGACACCCUUGCAGGCAGUUCAUGAGUGGAGUGCUCACCUGGUCCCCUCACCACACUGCACUGGAGGUGAACAGAAAGAGGAAUCUUCCAUCAUUUCUGCUGAACUUGGAGAAAAAUGCGAAGCCAUAAGCACUAAGCUCCUGCACAUGGAAGACCAACUUCACAUGGCGAUGCACAGUCACGACGAGGCACUCCUUCAGUCUCUCUGGGGGGAGCUCCAGAUGGUGAAGGAGACACUACAGGCCAUGAUCCUGCAACUGCAGCAGACAAAGGAAACAGGGGAGGAGAGGCCACAGCUUCCUGCCCAGCAGCUGGUACCUGGGAAGCAAAGGCCUGAGCUAAGGUCUUUCCUGAUUCUAGAACCUCUGAAGGAAGCCAAACUCGACCUGGCCUCUAUACCUGCUGCAUCUUCCUACAGAUGUGUGAUCCGGCAGCACCUAUAACCUCACAGUCUGUGUGGGUUCACAGCUCCUCAGGCCCCUGGGGGUCCAUCCAGUCUCAGAAGUCAAUAGGGCGCUUUCCCAGUGUCUCAGCAAGGCAAGGUGCAUCCUUUUUGUGUUUUCUGGUCCCUACUUCGUCGGGACAUCCUGAGAUUCUGGCUCAGUGAGGUGGGAGGUAGGAGAGCAUGGAUGUGUAAGGAGACCCAAGACACUUCUGAGUCUCUCCAAUUACUGCUGAAGCAGUUCCCUUCUGCUCCCAAGCACAGUGUGGAGACCACAGUACAGUGUAGGUCCACAGUGGCCUCAAGAGACACGCUGAGGAGGCAUGUUAGCUACUUUGCUCUUGCUGUGACAAAAUACUUGGCAAAAGCAACUUAGGAAGGAAGGAAG